AUGACUUUAAUGGAAGUAAGCGAUAAUAUAAUAGCAGUAGCUAACGGGUCUUAUGUUGAUUAUUAUGACUAUACAAGUCAUAAAAUGCUUCAGUUAAAAUUAAAUGCACCGGCACAAGACGAUGAUUUUGUUAUUGAUAUAGUAAUUUCACACGAUAAUAAAUUAUUAGCAGUGUUAUUUUCAUCGUCAAAGAGAUUAUUAAUAUAUGAAAUACCUGAAUUGAACAUCGUACAAAGUUUUACAUUACCAAGAAGUGCUAGUAAAAUUAGAUUCGGAGUUAACAAUAAUCAAAUAUUCGUAGCAGACAAAACUGGUGAUGUCCUCAUUUAUGACAUUUUUAAGGAAGACAAGGGUACUAAACUCUUAGGGCACCUAAGUCUACUACUUAAUGUUUUACAAACCAAUGAUGGUCAAUACAUCAUUACAUGUGACAGAGAUGAGAAAAUCAAAGUAUCUUGUUAUCCCAACACUUAUACCAUACAAACAUACUGCAUGGGACAUAAAGAAUUUGUAAAUAAUAUUGAACUAGUCCCUCAUACUACUGGAAUUUUGAUCAGUACUUCUGGAGAUGGAACAGUGAAAGUUUGGAACUACACAAACGGAAAACUUUUAUACACAAUUGAUACUUAUAGUGACAUAAAAAAUAAUGAAGAAUUAAAACAAGAAUUUAGUAAAUUCAUGGAUGCAGAAUGUGUAGAAAUCAAUAGUUUACCGAUAGUAGAUUGUACAAUAGUUCAAUUUGAUGAAUGCUCCAGUCUUAUAAGUGUUACAGUUCAUUCUUACAACAAGGUAUUAAUAUACUAUUUGAAAAGUAUUAAUGAGGAAUUUAGUCACAAUCUUGUUUCAGAGCUUCCCUUAGAAAGGUUUCCAGCUGCUAUAAAAUUCCACAUGUCAUCUUUGUUUGUGUAUGACAAGGUGGACUUAAAAGUAUUGGAAUACAACAUCUCAUUUAAAAAUGAAUGUUUCUCUAUACAUUUAGCUAAGCAGAUAAAAGUGUUUGAAAAUGAAGAUAUUAACAUGGAAACAAAGAGUGAUCAUAAUGCUAUUAAAGUACUAUUCAAAAGAAAAUUUGACAAUGUACAAGAAUAUCAAGAAAGAAAAAAAUUAAGAUUGGAAAAUAAU